GCCUACAAAAGAAGAGAAAGCCCCUAAUUUCUUUGAUUUGUACGCAACCACCAGAAAAAAGUACACACUAUAAUUCGGAAAGUCCUCCAGGAGGCCAUGAAUACUAAUCCUAUUCGGCAGGAACACACAAAUUACAAUAGAGAUCAUGCUGGAGUGUUGCCAAGAGAUCAUCAUGACCAGGAGCCGAAAAGGAAUUUUGUUGGGAGGGAUCGGGACAGCAGUAGUGCUAAAGAUCAGGGUAAAAACAAUAUGACCACUGAACGCCUUACCGAGAAGAGCAUGCGCAGGCCUGGAGAAGAAAGCCCAGUAGUAGAGCAGGAAUAUUUAAGCAGCAACGCCGAAAAAGGCACAAAACCCAAGACUGUUGUGGAUAACCCUAUUGGGUAUGAUCCUUUUCUGUUGUCAAAAGGGGACGGUGCUGGUGUUCUCGUGGGAGGAGACAAUAUCAACAAAGAUGAUCUGUUGUCAAAAGAGAAGAAAAAAAGUGGCAGAAGUAGUACUCCAUAUUCUGACCCUUCUGAAAAUGUCGUGGACAGCGUUCCACGGACAAGUUCACCACUUGAAAAGGAGAAGAAAGACCCUCCUAAAAUUAUGACUGCAACCGUAGGCCGGGGAGUCCAGUCAGAAAAUGUAGCAGGCCCGACUUACUCGACUACUGGACCAGUAGUACCGCCUCAAACUCAAAGUCAUUCUGAAAAAAAGACCGUCGAGAGCUUUCCACGAACAACUCCAUCUUAUGAAAAGGAAAAGAAAGAGAUGACGGGCGCCAUGCUUACUCUUGGAAACGAACAGAUAAAAGACGAUGGCCGGAAAACCCAAUAUACGGAUCCUCCGAAGACAACACAUGCGAGUACUGUAGGUAUCCAGUCAAAACCUGUAUCGACAUUAAUCCCGUUGAGUAGAACUCAGUCUCGUGGUCAAAAUACGAGCUUUGAGAGCAUCCCAUCGGUUGAAAAUGAAAAGAAAGGUAUAAUAUCAAACGGAACGGCCGGCCGAUAUCCCGACAGUCCAAAAAUGAAAGCAGCUGAUGAGGUCCCGUCGACUGUUGCAACAGAAAAAGAUGCAGCACCUAAAUCUAAAGCUGCGAACGUUGCAUCAACAACUCAAAAUGGGAAGAAAGUGUGCGUAGAGGCCGCCCCAUAUGUAGCUGAAAAAAAUAUAGCGGUGCCAUACUCUGGUAAUAAUGAAGCUCGAGCGAAUAAGACAUCAACAACUACUGGAUCGAAAGGAAAGGGAGAGGUAAAGCCAAAGAAAGGUAUUAUAUAUAAUCAGUUUGUCUCCCGAUAUAUAGGUCUACUUAUUUAUUUUAUAGUUUUUUUUUUAAUAAUUUUAUAGUUUACAGUUAGUAGUGCUGUCUUAGUUAAUUAAUUAUUGCAGAUUGCAGGAGUUUUAUUAGCUUAUAUCUUAAUUAGUUCAAUUUUUUAUUCAGUUUUUUUUUCCUUAUAUUUUUCAUAUGAUUGAAAUUUCCUAAUUUCAUAUAAUUAUUUUUUAUUUUUUUUAAGAAAGAUGACAGGACCCUGUAAUUAUGGGCAUGCAUGCAUAUAUGAUCAAAACUUAUAAGUACUUUACCUCCUAAUUAAAAAGUGUUUUGUAAACUAAGGAAAAGAUUUGUAAUGUCUAAUUAAUUACUUGUCGCAUAGGGAGAAAGAACUAUCAUGUGAAAGAGUAUGAUAUUGAUUAUUUUAAGUUGGUUUGGACCCAUUUAAUGCCCAGAAGACUGUCCCUGCUCCAUAUUAUAAGUCAAGAUCUGCAUGCGGAUCUAGGGGUCUGCGGAUCAUGUGGCCAAGCUAGCUGUUGAGGGAGGAGGCAAGUGGGUUUUGACUACUGCAUGCAUGCGGGAGGCAAUGCCAUUAUUAAGUAGUCGUGAUGUUUUAUGGAACAUAAAAUGUAAAGAGCAGAGUGCAAAUCAGUAGGCAUGAAUGUAAGACGUCACCAGAUUCAGUUUCUGCUCCUUAUUUCAUAAUCUGAUCGAUAAUGAUUCUUAGUUCGAUCGAAGUUUUGAUCAGGGUGCUUGUUUCUUGUAACUGUGCGUAUAUAUAGCUGAAAGUUUGAUCAGUUUGUAGAACUACUUUGGGAAGUGAUAGAUAGGUUUACAAAAAUAAAGUCUACAAAUUUAUAAUGUGAUUAAUUAGAUUAGCUAAAUGCGAUAUAUUAAGUCUACU